UGCAGCAGAGUGGUUCCAGAAGCGUUAUACUGGAGCCCGUUCAGCUUGCUUCUCCAUACCAACCUCAAUCAUGGUCUGAUUUCCAGACUUACGGCCGCACCCAAACACAGGCGGGGUACCCCGUUCAGGGGAAAGGAUCUUCCACCACCCCUCGCGUUCACAAAUGAAGGGUCCAGGAAGAGGCAAGGCCAGCGACACUACCAGGACGCCAUCACGCCGUCUGGUAUGCCCAUUCCUUUUGUGGGCGGGAGACCCGCAGUCCGGCGCAACUCUCCCAGAUUCAAGCACGUCGGCCCCCGGCGCCGCUCGGACGGUGCACCGUGCUUCCCAUUCGACGUCCGAACGUUGAACACUGCAGAACCCGAGGUCCGAGCGGGCAUGUCAGACUGUGGAUGGUGCUGGUGCUUAGGUGGUGCUGUUCCCGCGGUCCGUCCGACCUUUCGGGGCUUGGGGAGCCUCACAAUCACAGAAGUCUUGCGCGGAGAAGCGAGAGAAACAAGCUUCCGGAUGAAACCCACGUUGUUCGAUCACUGCUGUUGCAGAUACUAUAGUACGAGAUUCCAACCCCGAGAAACUGGAUGA